UUUGCGGCGGGUGCUAAUAUUGAUGAUUACUAAAUGAGACAAUGCGCAGACUAAUGCGUUGGCGCGAACGGUGUCGGUGGUGGUGAUUCACUAAGGGUGGCCGCUGGUGCUAAUGCUAAUGAUCAAUGUUCAUUACCACGGGGACUGUCCGGUGGCAAAUGAUGUUACGACCGGACGCGGAAUGUGAUGGUGAGAUAUCGAGAGCUUGGGUCCUAGUGUUUACAUUGUGUCAACAGUGCAAAAUUAUGACCCAUCGUGGGCUGCAGGAAAACGGUGCGCUAUCAAGCUGUCCUGUCAUUAGUGGUGUUAUACUGGCACUUUCCAAUCACAAGGACCAUCAAGUGGAAUCCUUCAUACCGUUAUAGUGGAGACACAGUGUACGACAAACAAGCACGAAAUAUGAUUUGGAAACAACAGAAAACGGCACGGGGGAGUGUAAACGAAAGCAUGAUCAAACGUUAAACAACAUUGUGAAGGGGCUGCAGUUUUUUUUGUGCGAAGUGAAAGUGUCCACAAACAAAGAGAGAAGAGUGUUCCUGAUUGUUUCUUACGAGGGGUGCGCGCAUUCGUGGCGCGACCAUGCCGGUCGGAUUGUAUUGAUGACCCUGGGGAUGAUGCUUGCCGGAGCGGAAAUGAUACAACAGCCGUUGGCGGUAUCCACCGUGGAUACGUUGCUGCAGCUCCAACUGUCCUCCAAUCAAACGAUCGGUGGAAAUUUUAGCAACUAUGCAAACGGGUCCUCGUUCGCAGCUGUCACCACAACGGCUACGGAUUUGGUUACAGUCGGGGGUGGUGGCGAUGCUAGAGGAACCACCGCAAUUACUUCCAGCGGCGAUCGAUUCGUCGAGGUGGGCAUUCUGUGCAUGAAGAGUUUAAUCUUCGGAUCCAUCAUCAUCGGGGCGGUGCUUGGGAAUGCGCUGGUUAUCACAUCGGUGCACAGAAACAGAAAGCUCAGAGUAAUAACAAAUUAUUUCGUGGUGUCGUUGGCGAUGGCGGAUAUCAUGGUGGCGCUCUGCGCCAUGACUUUCAAUGCAUCCGUGGAGCUAUCGGGAAGAUGGCUGUUCGGACCGUUUAUGUGCGACGUUUGGAACAGCUUGGAUGUAUACUUCUCGACAGCCAGUAUACUGCAUCUGUGUUGCAUUUCCGUCGAUAGAUACUUUGCCAUCGUGCGCCCCCUGGAGUAUCCACUGUACAUGACCCAGCGUACCGUUGGUUUGAUGUUGGCAAACGUUUGGAUGCUGCCGGCACUGAUCUCCUUCAUGCCUAUUUUCCUCGGGUGGUACACCACGGCAGAACAUAUGGAAACGCUGAAAGACAACCCGGAGCUCUGCAUAUUCGUAGUGAACAAAUCGUACGCGCUAAUCUCCAGUUCGAUUAGCUUCUGGAUACCGGGCAUCGUGAUGGUCACGAUGUACAACCGGAUAUACAAGGAAGCGGUCCGCCAGCGAAAGGCGCUCAGUCGCACCAGCUCCAACAUUCUGCUCAACAGUGUCCAAAUAAACAACUCCAACACACUGCACGCAAAUUACCACCGAAAUCACCACUUGCGAGCAAGCGAUUGCGACCUCGGGAUGGACAUUAAGGAUAUCCAGCAUGACACGCACAGCGAGCUCAGUGACUUGGACGUGCCAACAAUUGUACCCACCAUUGUGAGCAACGACGAUGAUUUGCUGGUGCCGUCGUCGCCGCCGCGGCGUCUCAGCCGCAGCAGUAUCGAUCUGCGGGACUUGGAGUACAAGAACGAGACGGGCAAGAUCAAGAGUUCGGACAGCGUGAGCUCCAUCUUUCCGCUGAACUACGAGAACAACCUUCGCUACUCGGGCAGCGAGCCAAUUCAACCGAAGGAAACUCAGGAGCGACGUCCCUCGAGGAAGGAGAGCUUCAAACAGAUCAACUUCUUCCAGCCGUUCUUCUCGCGCAACAGUUUGCUGAAAUCUUACAUUAAGGGUGGGAGCAACGCGGGGAGUAAUUUGAACAAUAGCAAUAACCGGGAGGGCGCCAACAAUCGGACCGCUUCGGAGAAGAAGCUUAACAGCAAGAACAAGGACAACCGCUCGAACAACAACAUUAUCGAUUUGAUCAACGUGGCUUCGUCGUUGAAUAAGGACAGCAUGGCGGCGGAGAAGGAAGUGAACACGCACAAGCGACAUCAGAUAGCAGCGAGUGAGUCCGAUUUCCUGACAAUGAUCCAGAAACAGCGCUCGCAGAGAUUGAGUUUGGGGAAGAACAACUCGAGUUUGAAGAAAAGUAGCAAUAAGCAUGGGUCUAAGGAUGAUCAGCUGAUAUACGCGCUCAGCGAUUCGGAUUUCACGAGCGCUCUCCAGGGGAACGAGUCGUUCCUGAAGUGUUUCAAGAACCUGAAGGCAAGCGCGGAUAACAAGGACGAAAUAUUCAAAAUUGUAUUGAAUGGUGAUGGCGGAGCCGUCUCGGGUAAUGUGACAGGUUUGAAUGACACACCAGAUAUAUUGAUUGGUUGUUUAGAUCACGAGCUAAGCGGGACAAGACCACUGAGUCCGACCAGCCCAAAAGAGGUCGUGACCGCUGGGGCAGAAGAACAUGUAUUCAUCAAAAAGUCCAAUCUCAAUGUUGUGAAUAGUAUUACAGCAAACCAAAUUAACACAGUUAGUGAUAGUAAUAUAAGCCAAGGAACGGAUGGUGGCUGCGUAAUCGAUCUGAUUUCGGCGGCCAUUUCUUCAGCCGGAUCACCGCCACAUUCGGCCGGGUUACUCCCGGAAGCAAUUUCUAGAGAAUACGAUCGACUCAAAACUUGUGAUAAAGCUACAAGCACUUUUGAUCGUCUGGAACCGGAUGGCAGAGGCCCCAUGACUAUUCUUAGUGAUGCAUCCACAAUAUCGCUAGACUUGGUGGCGACGAGUUCGAGCACAAAACUUCAAGUUCCUACCGCCGGUGGUGCUCAGCUACCCACGAAGGUUGAAGACAAUGCCAAUCCGGUAGAUCAAGUCGUGGAUACAAGAUUCAUCAGUAAUCCGGACAUCAUCGUGGAGAAUAUCCGAAAUGAAAGCAUUACUAGCAAUCAGCAGCAGUUACAAAAGCAGAAAACGGAGACUACAUCGACAACUGCGGGGAUGCCUCCGUCGAUCACAACGCUGUCUCCGGUGAUCCAUGAUGGCCUCCAGCGUAAACGACAAUCUUCCACCGUCACGUACAACAUCAACGUGAUCAACUUUAGCGAUAAUCCCGACGAAGAUGGUACCUACCAGUUGAACAAUCGUGGCAGUGAAGCUGGCAUGGCGGGCAGUGGUUUGAGAUCCAACAGCUCAACGAAUUCGAGUCAAAAGUACACCCGCCGGGGCGCAAUUUGCAUCAUAAUCAACAACGACAACGUGGUCCAUGCCAACGACACGGAUACCGAUUUCGACGAUCAUGAAGAUGUCGUGGGUACUGGCCAUUCGGCAGCCUCGAAGAUGGGUCCCCAAAUUGGCUCACCACUAUCUGCUGGUGGGCACUGCUGCGCUCAAGGGCAUCACGACGAUGGCUUGGAUGCGGCCAACUGUCGGCACAACAAAUUCCGCAAGAUCAAAUGCCUGUGGAAUCAUUUCAAGAGAUACGGUUUGCGGCGACGGAUUUCCCAGAGGCGUCGUAACGAACCGUGCGAUGGUGGUGCUCAAAAUAGCGGAAACGAAGGGAACUGCAUGACUAGGCUUACGGUCCCAACAAGUGCCGGAAGUCGCUUAGGUAGUUUUGGCUGUGGGGAAGGUGCCACAUCGACCAGGCCAGCGAAGGGAUGGAGAGCGGAACACAAAGCGGCGAGGACACUCGGUAUCAUCAUGGGAGUCUUCCUGCUCUGCUGGUUGCCCUUCUUCCUAUGGUACGUCAUCACGACGCUCUGCGGCGAGGAGGCCUGCCCCUGUCCGGAUGUAAUUAUCACGGUACUCUUCUGGAUCGGUUACUUCAACUCGACGCUGAAUCCGCUUAUCUACGCCUACUUUAACCGGGACUUCCGGGAAGCGUUCCGGAACACGCUGCAAUCGCUACUGCCCUGCUUCAACAAGAAGAGCCCCUACGGCGGCCAAAGUGUUUACUAUGUGUAGUAUUGAGUGCAUUGCUAGGUUUUCAAUUGAUUGUUUCUGUUUUCUACACUACAUUUUGCGUUCCGGUUUUUGUGUCUCGUAUUGGAGAUUUAUACGUAGGUGUGUGUGUGUAUGUGAAGCUGUGUGAAAGAUAAAAAUUGCUGACCAGAGAACAAAAGACUCGAAGGGUUUAGUGGGAAAAAUGGUAUGAAAAAACAUGAUACACAAUGCUUUAGAGAAGCGUACGAUGAAAGAACGGGAGCAACAUUUUGGGCCCACGUUUGGUUCCAUUUCAGCCUAUCCUGAAUAUCCUUCCAUUCCAUGUCCUAUCGCACGUAAUCCCCAGCUUUCAACGCUUGUUUCUUCUCUAUUCAUUUUGCAUGUUUGCGUUGAUGGAAACUUUUUCUUUGUCUCUAUUGGGGGGGAUUUUUUUCGGCAACUCUGGGCGGUCGUUCAGAGAAAUCGGUUCAAGAUUUUUUUUUCUGCUGCUACUAAUUCACAAAAGUUUUUGUCCUAUUCGCAUUGCUGACGAGAUUUAAUCGGAUUUGUUCCAUUUUAAAACAAGCGAAACGCAGAUUUACUUUCGGUUGAUUACUCCACGUUUAAGGGCAUCUUUUUCGGUGUUGUUGUUGUUGAAACAGACCAAACGAAGGAUGGGAUUCUACGUUUAUUCUCCCUCCAUUCGAUAGUCCAAUCCAUCAGCCGCCACCCAUGUGAAAUACGAUUAAUCUUUCGAUGUGUGCGUUCUUGGUUGGAAAAGUGCUUCGCCAUAAUGGAUUCGUUGGACACGCAUCAAAUGUUUGUUUUGUUCCGAAGUUAUAGACAUCCAAUUGUAGCAUCUUCAUCGUCGCUCGAUGGCGUAAUCGUUGCCACUGAAUGAAAAUAGAAAAUAUCCCAUAGAGUAUAUUUGUGACAAAACCGUUCCUCACACAGGGACUCCCUGACUCGUGAAAAUUCCAGGGGUGGUCUAGGUAUCACGUUUUUGGCGUUCAUCGCAGUUUUGAAAUUUUUUUUUUAUAUACCUACAUAUCCCAGCUCAUGGCUCCACUUUCUGAACGUAAUCUUAUGAUACACCAACCUUUUUGGCAUCAUCUAAACGUUCGCUCUGCCCGUUUUUCUCCGGGUUUGUGGUUUAACGCCAGUCGACAUUUGUUAGUUUAUUGAAUCCGUUAUAUGCAAAUUUUUGACGUAGGAUUACGAUUACGAUUACGUCUUCCGGGAACAUAUUGGGGGUACUAAUUGAAAAACGUAAAUCGAUCGCAUCGUGAAAAUUGCCCAAUUUCAAACGCACUUCACUCAGUUAUUUAAUGAUGGAUUGAUGAAAUUUUAUCGUCAAUCAAUUUGGGCACUCUAUAACAACUUAUUACAUUGAAAAAAAGAAUAUAUACCAUGCAACAAACUAUCGAACAAUUGAAAAAUCUCGACCAUUACUCAGACGGAAAUUACGCGUCCAGAUUGGUCGAAAUCGAAGAUACAAGCUUCCGCUUGUACUCACAGUUAUCGCCCAGUUAUUGCCCGAAGGAUUCACGUGAUUGUUGCAUCAAUCGAUUUGGGCACGAACAAUAUAUUUUAUGAAACUAACUAUCAAAAAUCUCAGGCAUUAUCACGAUGGAAAUUCCGCGUUAUGAUCGGUCGGCUCGCAAAAGCAAUUAUUUCUCUCGCAUCCAGUGCAUCUGCAUCCCGUAGGAAUAAAAAUACAAGGCUGUGCAAUGAAAUAUGAGUUUGAUGUUUAAUUUUCUGCCUAUGGAGCAAUUACACGCCAAGUCAACCGAUAAACGGCUGAUUUUGACGCGACUCUCUCCGAUUUUUUUUAAACCUUCUAAUAAAGAGAGCAACAAACGAGAGAACAAAGAGAGAACACACCGAAUGACGAUUGGGACUAGCAAAUCAUUCUCAUUGUACAGGUUUCGGUGAAUCGAGCUUUAAAUAAUCAAAAACGACGCCGGCCACACCCUUAAAGUCACCAGGGGACGGGAAGUUAGUCUGAUAUUCGCCACCCGCCACCAUGGAUAACAGCUAUUUCAACCAUCUGAACAAUUUUAAUUAUGACUGAUUUUUUAGAAAGCCGUAUGCAGAGUCAUUUUCUAUUUAAAAAGAACACUAAUUUAUAAUCCAUUCAUUCGGAUAAUUGACAACAGCUCCAAAACAAAAAUUCUGUGUAGCAAACUGUAAAAAAACUAAAUUGCAUUCAACCAUAUGGCAUCGUAAGAUAGUGUGUUUGUAACACGUGAGCGAUAAAAUGAUAGAUUUGAUCCGACACAGUCGAUUAGUGAGAGCCCAAACUUCAAAUUAAAAUAUCUCAAAAUAAUGUUUUGGCGCAUGGUUUGGGUUUUGGCGGCUGUUCGCGCGCAACCGUUAUGACUUUCGGAUUCUUCACAGACAAAACAGAUAUUUAAAUUUGAACACAGAACUUAACGCGGAAACAUAUAUUUUACCGAUUUCCGAUCGUAUCUUUCUGUCUAUUAUUCUGUUCUCUGUCCUAUCCUGUUCACAAUCAGCUGUUCUAUCACAUAAGAAUAGAGCGAUCAAAGCAAUAUCUGGAAAAGCUCUAUUCUCCCAAGAGAAAUGAUCCCUCUUUGUAUGUUGUGUGAAACAGACCAAGCGUUGUUGUGUUAGUAAAGAAACACACAAUAUCGCUGGGACGUUGUGGACUACGUUUGGGAUGUUCAAAUCAAUCCGGCACGAACAGCGACCAUAUGAUGAAAAUAUCGUUUGAUUUGUUGAUUUGUGUGAUUUCAAUAGCUGGUUUUCAAAGCAAUUUUCAAGCUAUUGCAACAAGUUUUUGCAUCAAUAAG